AUGGACGGAGGUCACAUCAGGCAGGCAGUGCGUGCAAAGAGGCAGCAGAGGGCCGACCCUGGAAGAGCCCUAGCAUCUCAGGAGGGAGCAGAGGAAGAGGAUGUCAUGUGGGAAACUGCCAUGCGGGGAGGUGGGUGCGAGGAGACCCAGGAGAGCACGGGGUCCCAGAAGCCAAGCAAGAGGGGUGGUCCUCCGCUCCACGUGCUGCAGUUAGAACCCCCUCAGCGGAGGACUAACAAGGCUCACCUUGCUGGCGUCGCCUCAGGGGUGGACGCGGCAGCUUGGGGACCCGUGGCCGAGGAAAGGGGGGAGCUGGGAGAGGUGGGGGUGCUCCCUCCCAGCGGAAGCUGCUUCGGAGCGAAGGAGCGGGCCCCGCCGGGACCCCCACCUCCUCCCUUCCCGCGGCGCCCCCUCCCCGCGCCGGCCCUCCCGAGCCCGGGCACAGAGCGGGGCGUCCGCCGCCUCUCCCGCUGCCAGCCCGCACUUACCCGCUCCGGGGGCGCGCGGGGCUCCGCAGGCAGCGAUGGGAGCCGAAGCCGGGAGAGACGGAGAGCGGCGGAUUGCGGGCCGCCUUCACCCGCCACCUUCCCCUCCCGCCCCCGCGGGGCCAGGGUGGGGGCAGCCCGGCCGCUCCGCCCGCCGCAGGCCCGGGAGGCCGCUCACAGCCCCGCGCCGACGACGGGCAUUUCCUGCCCGGCACCCUGCGCCUCUCGCCUGCGCCGCUUCCCCGGGCGCAGGCCUCCCCUCCGCGCCCCUCCACUUCCAGGCUCCGGUCUCCCCGCCACCGGCGGGCAGGACUCGCACAGAAGCCUGCACGGAGGGCUCUUUGUUUGGGAGUUUGGCUUUCUUCAAUUCAGAGCACACCCGGCGACUGAAGACUGUGUGUUGUUCCUGAGAGCACCCCCAAUAAACUUCCUGCAUGCAGAUCUCCUCCACGCAGAGUUGUUUCCUAGAAAUCCACCGAGAGAGGUCAAUUCUGGGAAUGGUCUGCUUUCCUCCCAAGAAAUUCCAGUUACGCUUCUAAACUGGCCAGGGUCCAUGUCUGUGGACGGAGCUGAGAACCGUGACUCCAGUACUUGCCUACUGCACUGGGUGUUAGUGACGGAGCGGAGCAUUAGAUGA